AUGAACGCAGAGAUUCAACGAGGACCUCGCAAUGCUCCUAUUGCACAAUCCACCACGCUUGGUUGGAUUGUCUAUGGAGCUGUCACCGCUAAACACGCUUCAACAUCACACGCAGCACUACAUGCGUCAGUAGAUACUGAAUUACAAGACGCUAUUGCUAAGUUUUGGGAACAGGAAGAAGUUCCAUCAGGAAAUUCACCGCUCAACACCGCUGAAGAAGACGAAUGUGAAAUUCACUUUCGUCAAACGCAUUAUCGACAGCCUGAUGGACGCUACGUAGUGAGAUUACCGCUUAAGGCCCUUGAGAGUCAACUUGGCGACUCUAUCAACGCAGCUAUGGGGUCACUCCGCAGAUUAAUAACUCGCUUGUCGCGAGAAAGAGAAUAUUCUGACAUGUAUCGUGCAUUAAUGGCGGAAUACAUUCAACUAGGACACAUGGUACGAGUACCAGUCAACGAAUUGCCCGCAAACGCUUACUUCUUGCCUCACCAUGGGGUGUUGGCAAUACCAUGGGGUAUUGAUAGUGCCACUACGAAGCUCCGGACAGUGUUCAAUGGUUCCUGUGCAACAUCUACAGGAAUUUCAUUGAACGACAUUCUCCACGCAGGACCCAAAACGCAAAUUGACAUUUUUGAUGUGAUGUUGAGAAUCCGUUGCAGCAGGAUUCUAUUCGCUACUGACAUCACCAAGAUGUUCAGACAGAUUGAGGUCGACUCGCUUGAUUGGCCGCUUCAGUGCAUUCUCUGGAUAGAUGAGAAUGACUUAAUAGACGUUUACUGUCUCAAGACACUCAUACGGAACCGCUAG